AUGCAUAUUGAGCCCCUAAAAAACUCAUUGGAAGAAGUCAGGCAUUCACUUUCCGAGAGACUGAAGCGUCACGGUACCGCGAUCCUCGACCAUAAACGUACAGAGCAUCUCAUGGCUUGCCUACAAACCUGUCACGCUUGUACAGAAGUUUACCUGAGCUCUGACUUGAUCAAUUCGACUACCCCGUCAGGGCUCCUAUUCUCGUACUGUCUCAACACGCUUCACAAGCUGUCAACGCUGCAAGAUCCGAUGUGGGAUACUGCCUUAGUCAGGCAGACUGUAGAUGUUGUGAGCCUACUAGAGCGUUGUGCUGAUGCUGUGGAGAAGAGUAACACGCAAGUGAGAGAGAAAACGGGCGAAGAUAGCGCUUUCCUAGUGGCGGCAAAAACACUGCGAGAGCUGGCUCACGAUUGGCGCACAAACAGUUCUCAAGAGAACCAGGUUGCAAGCGGUUCUGAGCUAGAGAGCUGGGGUGCUGUUGAACCGAUAGAUCUGUCCCUGAUGGAAUUUUCCAGUGACUUCUGGUUGAAUGUACCAUUUCAUCUCUGA